AUGUCAACUUUGGAAACUCUCAAUUUUGACAAUCUCGCAUUGAGAUCCCUUCCGAUUGACCCUGAAACAAAGGUUUUUCCUCGACAAGUACCAGGGGCAUGUUUCUCAAAAAUAAAACUUUCUCCAGUUGAAAAUCCCAUUCUUGUAUGUCACUCAUCUUCAGCGUUAUCUUUGCUAGACCUAAAAGAAACUGAAAUUCAAGAGAAGAACUUCUGUGAAUAUUUAGCGGGGAAUAAACUUAUACCCGGGAGUGAACCAGCAGCGCACUGCUAUUGUGGUCAUCAAUUUGGAUAUUUCUCUGGUCAACUAGGUGAUGGUGCUGCAAUGUAUUUGGGUGAAGUGGUGAACAAGAAGGGUGAGCGUUGGGAGAUUCAGUUUAAGGGGUCAGGGCUAACCCCAUAUUCUAGGACGGCUGAUGGGCGCAAGGUCCUGAGGAGCACCAUCAGGGAGUUUCUAUGUAGUGAGGCAAUCUUCCACCUUGGAAUUCCUAGCACACGGGCUAUGACAUGUAUGACUUCUGACUCCAGGGUAGUCCGAGACAUCUUCUACGAUGGCCAUCCUAUACACGAACGGUGCUCCAUCGUUCUGAGAAUUGCACCAACCUUUCUGAGGUUUGGAUCAUUUGAAAUCUUCAAACCGAUGGACCCAGAGACUGGGAGGAAAGGCCCGAGUGUGGGAAAGACUGAUAUUCUGAUACAGAUGCUGGAUUACACCGUCAAAACAUUCUACACAGAGAUAUGGGAUCAGUUUAAAGAGGACAAACAGAAGAUGUACCUGGAGUUUUUCCGUGAAGUUGUACGGCGGACGGCACGUUUGGUGGCAGAGUGGCAGUGUGUUGGCUGGUGCCACGGGGUUCUAAACACGGACAACAUCAGUAUAUGUGGUGUAACUAUAGACUACGGUCCGUACGGAUUCAUGGACAGCUAUGACCCAGACUUUGUCUGUAACGCCUCAGAUGAUGGUGGUCGAUACACAUAUCAGAAACAACCCGAGAUUUGUAAAUGGAACUGUGAGAAAUUGUCUGAAGCUAUACAGGAGGCCAUUCCUCUCUCACAAACAGACAAAGAACUGGGGAUAUUUGACGAGGAAUUCUCACGGCACUACACGCAGAAAAUGAGGAAAAAGUUGGGACUGCUGAACACAGAAUUACCAGAGGAUGGUUUGUUGGUUGAAAAGUUUCUGGAGACAAUGAACAUGACGGGAGCCGAUUUCACUAACUGCUUCCGUUGUCUCAGUCGUCUCCCCUUGCCAGGAAGUUCCAAUUAUGACGCUGCUGUCGCCGAGUUGACAGAGUACAUCCUAUCCCAGUGUGCCACAGUAGAGGAAAUGAAAAUGACGUGUAAACCUACAAUGGACCCAAGACAGCUACAGAUGUUUAUGACGCUGAUGCAGACCAACCCAGGUAUACUAAAUGCUCUGGGGCGAGGUUUAAGCGCCUUCACCAAGGAAAUAGAGAAGAUGGAGAAAUCCAAACAGCUUCAGGAUUUGACACAAAAAUCUAAAACAGAGGCAGACAAAAAACUUUGGACUGAAUGGCUAACACAGUAUACAGAAAGACUGAAGUUAGAGGUCAAAGAUGGCAGUGACCUUGAGAGUGCAAGUAAACAAAAGUCAGAGGUCAUGAACUCUGUAAAUCCAAGAUUUAUUCUGAGGAACUACAUAGCCGAGAACGCCAUCAGAGCUGCAGAGAAGGGAGAUUACUCCGAGGUACAGAGGGUGCUAAAGUUACUGGAGAAUCCAUUCGGUGAAGCUGGUGACCUUAACAACCUCUCAGAUCUGUCACUAGGUGGCAGCUCCUCCACAACAGAUGCAGACUCGGCAGGAGCUGCAGGUACCAGCGGUACUACAAGUAAGGGAGAUAACUCUAAAACCUAUGGUACAGCAGUUCAAUACGACAGUAAGCCACCAGAUUGGGCGCAGGAUUUACGAGUUUCCUGA